AUGUCGUAUGCGGCGGUCCGGCUGACUUUUGCCAAAGAACUUGUUUCUCGGCCAGGCUGGAUAGAACGACUAGUCAUGCGGCAAAAACUCGCCACCUGUCCGAUCGACCACGGCGCUAUGGAGGUGGAGGACGAGGAAACAGCGAUACCCACCGCCACUUCCAUCGACUGCGGCGAUUUGCAGCGAAGCAAUGAACGAAGUUAG